AUGACGGAGAAGAAGAAGCAAUUUUAUCGUAAAUCUUCACGCUUCAUUAUCCCUAUAUUAUCGAAAUUAAAUGCGACUCAUUUAAGACAAGCCUUAGCAAGUUUAAUCGUUAUACAAUUUAUAAUAACAGCUAUAAUAUGGUCUACCUAUAAUUCAACAUCAGUUUCAUUGACGACAAAUUCCUUAUCUUCUUCAUCAUCUUCCUCCCCGAUUCCAUUAUUAUUUUCUGGUGGAGGUUCUUUUUUCGAUGCCAUUUCGUCAUUUUCUCCAUUCUCCUCUUCUUCAUCACAAGCUGUAGAUGACGCUCCAAAAUUCAUAUCCACUGCUGAGCCUAUCGAAGUUGAAGAUGAUAUCGGAUAUGCUGCAGCAUUAUACAGAAAGAUAAAAUUUGAUACCAAACCUACUUGGAUAGAUGACUAUACUUUGAAGAAAAAUCUUUUGACAGUAAAUGUUGGACCCAGAAGAGGUCAAAGAUUAAAACAUACUGAUGAAUUAAGAUUCUAUGAUUUCGAUCCAAGAUUGUCAUGGUCUGUUUAUUUACACUACCUAUUAUCACAAAACUAUACAUCUAUUUUAAAUGAGGCAUCUAAUUCACAAUUUGAUUUCACACAACCGUUUGAUGCUCAAUCAACUAAUGCAUCUGCAUCUCCACGUACAACAUACACGAAUUUGAAUCAUAAAGUCACUAUGCCAUUUUCUUGGUAUGAUUGGACAGAUUUCCAUGAGCUAAAUAAGAUUAUUGCUUUAGAAAAAGCUGAAAUUAGAUGUGAAUUCAUGUUUAACUCUGCCUUCGAUAUCGAGACAUUAUCUGCCAUCGAAACAGAAAUUGAUGAAACCUUAUUUUUAAACGAUAGAGACAAAUAUGAUAAUAAAAAAUGGUAUAGAUUGGCAAGAAAAUCAUCAGUUCGUCAUGAAUCAACCAAAAUUGAUAAAGUUUGUGAGAAAAUUAACCCGGAAGAUACUUACGUCAAUUUAAGAAACUCAAGUAUCCCCAAAAAAUUACCAAGAUUUACUACACAAUUUAAGAUUAAACGUCUAUUUGAUAAAUUAAGACCAGAAGUUUUCCAAUUGCAAGCAAGAAAUUACAUUUUGACAACGCAGAAACAUCCUUUAUCUUUAACUAUUGUGGCUAACAAUAAUGCAUCUUACCAAAUAAAUUUGGAACAAAAUGAACGUUUAAAUUUGGUUGAAUCAAAUUUAUUACGUAACUUCGUGGAAGAUUAUCAAAAUUCUCCAGAGUUUUUGAAGGAAGUCCCAAUGGAUUCUCUUUCAACAAUAGACUCCGAGCUUCCCUCGGGGAAAAUCACCCCAGAAGGUGCCAAUGUAGAAUAUGAUCUUGUAUUCAAUCAUUACAAAGUGUUCCAAGAUUUUCUUGAUAAUGAAGAUAUCGCUAAGAUUUUCAAAGUAGAUAUCCCGGAAACUGAUAAAUCAUUUUUCGAUUAUGAUUUGGUCCAUUUACAACACGAAGAUUUCGAAUUCGACGUAGAGGCCAAGAUAAAGGAAUUGGAAUCCAUUCCUGAAUCCGAGCUAUCACCACACUUCAAGCAAUAUUUAGAGUCCUUAAAAGUUUCAUCAUGGACAAUCCCAACCUUACAGAAAAAAUAUUUCGAAGAAGCUGGUCAACUUCAACAAUUCAAAGGUAUGGGUCAUCACAGAGAUCAAAGGUUUUUCAACGGUGAUAAUCUAAUUAAUGAUGAACAAGAAUAUUUUGGUAGAUUGAACUCUAUGAUUAGAACAUUCCAGAAGUUUACUAGAUCAAAUGGGUUAAUUUCAUGGUUAAGUCAUGGAACUUUGUAUGGUUAUCUUUACAAUGGUCAUUCUUUCCCUUGGGAUAAUGAUUUUGAUUUACAAUUACCGAUUAAACAUUUACACCUGUUGGCUCAGUAUUUUAAUCAGUCCUUAAUUCUAGAAGACCCAAGGGAAGGGAAUGGAAGAUAUUUGAUUGAUAUAGGUACUUCUAUCACUGUCAGAACCAAUGGGAACGGGAAGAAUAAUAUUGAUGCAAGAUUGGUUGAUGUUGACACAGGUCUUUACAUUGACUUAACAGGUCUUAGUGUCUCUAAUGGUGAGGUUAGAGAAAACUUCGCAGAUUGGAUGAAAAAGAAGGCCAAAGAAUUACAUAUUAACUUGGAUAAAGAAAAAGUUUACGAUGAAAGUGAAGUCAAAGAUCUAGAUAAAUUUGACGGGAAAGAUCUUAGAAAAUUAAAUUGUACCCAACUAGUAACUUGGAUUGAAAAGCAUCAAGAAAAGUUUAGUAAAAAUGAUCUUGACAAAGCUAGAGAAGCCGUCAAGAAAGAAACUGUGGAUAUUCCCAAGAGUAGAUCUGGCUCCAAGAACUUAAAUCCAAGAGAAAGAUAUGAAGUGAAUAAAAAAUUACAGCUUUUCAAUUGUAGAAAUAACCAUUAUACCAAUUUAGAAUUAGUCUCACCAUUAAUAAACACCGUUUUCCACGGUGUGCCUGCAUUAAUUCCAAGUAAAUAUAUAGCAUCGUUGAAAAAAGAGUAUGGUGUGCCAAAGGAAUAUUACUACUUGACUUUUGAAAAGAUGACAUUCUUGCCCGAGUUAAGGGGUUGGUUCAAGACACACUAUAUCGAUAGGUGCUCCAACUUACAUGGAUGGUUCCCACCUAAAUUCACAAAAUUGCCUAAUACAGACUCUCUGAAAAAUAUUUCAUUUCCAGCCGUUAAAACACUUUAUCAAAAUAUACAAAAAGCUGGAUAUAUUGACAUGUUUGCCAACCAUUUUAACUGUUUCCAUGCGACAAGCUAUAGGCUCAAAGAGCUAGAAAUCCAAUAUGGUGCUGAUCUUACUCCAGAACAAAAAAGAAUCUACCUACAUGAUCUAAGAACUAAUGUAGCUCCCAAACUAAAUUCCCCGGCUAAAGAUCCAAUCAUUUUCCAAUACGAAAGGCACAUAUAUAACAGAUUGUUAAGAAAAAUUAAUGACACUACAGUAGUCGCUGCACUGGAAAAUUCAAUUCAGAUGGAGCAUGUUUCUAAAGUAUGGGAAUUGACAAUGGCUUUGAAGCACAAAAAGUUUGAUAUCUUCAAUAUUACUAGAGUUGUAAGGAUCCCCUCUCCAGAUGGUUUAAGCUAUCAUGAGAAAAUCGACAACGUUGAUCUGAACCAAGUCGGAAACCAAUUAUUUGCUAACUAUAAUGGCUCAAAAAUACAAAUUUUCGAUAAAGACCCAGUUCUUGAUUUCCAAACACUAUAA